UCAGGACAGUGAACUACGUGGUAAGUAGAAAAUUAUGUAGCCGGCCGCCGCGUGACGAAAUGAGGAACUGCGUACGCAGUGGGAAGCGGAAGGAAGCUGGAGACGGGGUAUUGAGUCAUUUGUGUCGAUGUUCUGGAUUCCUUUUGGGGUUAGGGUUGCUCGACGAGCUGCACGAGAACGAGAGUAGAGCGCUCUGAGGGACAGGAGAGUGCACCAGUUGGUGGCUUGAGAGGAAGAAGCUGCAGCGAGCGAUGGCUGUGUUCACAGGAUUUGCAGUGCCGGAAGUGGCAGAGAAUGCCGAUGGAUGGGGCCCUGGCGCUGCUAGCGUUCCCGCCAGUCUGCAGCACGUACCCUAUGCGCCGUUCAGCAAGGCAGAUCGUCUUGGACGGGCUUCUGACUGGACCGCUCAAGCUUUCAAGUUCAACGCAGGUCGUUUUGACCGCAACAACAAUGGGGUGAACACCGUCUUCAAUUUCUUCCACAACGACGACGAGGAUUCAUUCCAUCUGGUCGAUACACGACCACCACCUAGGCCCAAGUAUGGUGCGAGAAGAUUCCAACAGCGAUUUCAAAGAAGGGAUCGUGACGAAGGCAGACGGGAUGGAGGACGUGAUAGUGGUGCUGGUGCUGACCGAGAACGGCAGCGACGCGAGAGAUUGCAGCAGCAAAAGAGAGGCCAAUGGAACGCCUACUGGCAGGACAAGAAUGCUCCUCGUGUUGUUUACAACAGCUCGGUGGAUAUUCGACCAGAAUGGACGGUGUUGGAACAGAUACCCUUGACCUCUCUGUCCAAGCUCAGCUAUGACGUUGGUGAACCAGAGGACAUCACCACCUGUGGUACCCUUGAGUACUAUGACAAGGGUUACGAUCGCGUUACCCCCAAGACUGAGCGACCUCUGGAGCGCUUUGAGACUAGACAAUUUUACAAGGUGACCACUACGGAUGACCCAGUCAUCAGGCGUCUGCUGUUGGAGAACGAGCAAGUUGGCACAGUAUUCGCUACGGAUGCCAUUCUCUCGACUUUGAUGUGCGCACCCCGUUCAGUUUAUUCAUGGGAUAUUGUUGUCCAGCGUGUUGGUAACAAGUUGUUCUUCGACAAGCGUGAUGCGUCAUUUGAUUUGCUCACAGUCAACGAAACUGCCCAAGAGCCAAUUCCAGAAGAGAAAGACAGCAUUAACUCUGUGCACUCGUUGAGUCAAGAGGCGACCUUCAUCAACCAGAACUUCUCUCAGCAAGUUCUGCAAAAGGAAUCCAAGAAGUACGAGUUUAAGGAACCUAAUCCUUUUGCAUCCGAGAAUGAGGAAGUUGCGUCUGUUGCUUACCGCUACCGCAAGUGGAAGUUGGACGAGGAAACGACCCUAGUUGCUCGAUGCGAACUGCACAGCGUAGCAGAAGUGAAGGGUAGCGAGGUUCUCCUCACUGUCAAUUCUCUGAACGAGUUUGACUCCAAGAUCACUGGAGUGGACUGGCGUCAAAAGAUCGAGAACCAGAGAGGAGCUGUUUUGGCUACUGAGCUGAAAAACAAUGCAAACAAGCUUGCGAAGUGGACUGCUCAAGCUCUUCUUUCUGGAGCAGAGCAGAUGAAGCUGGGAUAUGUGUCCCGAGUGCAUCCCAAAGACCAUUACAACCACUGCCUGUUGACAGUGCAAGGCUACAAGCCUAAGGAGUUUGCAGCGCAAAUCAAUCUGAAUGUGAACAACAUGUGGGGUAUUUUGAAGACUAUUGUUGACAUCUGCAUGAAGCUCGACGAAGGCAAGUACCUUCUUGUGAAGGAUCCUAACAAACCUAUAGUCAGGCUUUACUCGGUACCCCCAGAUGCUUUUGAGAACGAUUACGCAGAGGAGCCUCUACCCGAGGAUGAGCAAGCGCCUCCACCGCCAGAAGCGGAGGAGAAGACGGAGCAGGCUGAAGAGAAAGAAGCUGAUGAGAUGCUGUAGAGCACCUGCAGUUUCGUAACUCAUCAUCAUUAAGCAUCACCUUGCAAGGAGCGAAGUCGGGGCUCAGUACACAUGGGUUUUUGGAUCUCGUGUAGUCUGUGACGCCUUUCGGUUCCUGUGAUGGUACAGUGAUUGCUCCUGACUUGCUGUAGGAAAGCUAGGUCACAUCGCUGGCAGGUCAUCUUGCUUCUUCCUCGGAGUGAGAGAGGGAGAGGUGUGCGUUUUUUCCUCAAAAUCAGGCCCGAUUUUGGUAGCACAGAUUUGUAGAUGUGUUUGAGAAGCGUUUGCGUAGAUCAUGGUUUAAGAGUUCAGGGCCUCGGCAGGCCCAGGUAUUUGCGGCAUCAUUAGUAGCUGUUGCAUCCUGUGAUGAGAACGAUUAUUAUAGGCAUGAGGUCAUCGACGGGUUUGACAAACCAACUAGAUUCAGUUGUCAGUACAUCAGUGCUCUCUUUCUUGAUGAGGGUCAAAUGUCAAUUCACAUUCAAGUGAGUACGAGCGGAGCUCAAGCUGUGGUUGGCGCCAUUUGUACAAAAAGGAGUGAGUUACUAGAGGCGCUUUUCACCAGAGAAAGAAUGUGGACUUUCGUAAAAGUAGUUUAAGUAACUAGCCGAGGAACACGCCAAUCUUGGGUACCGUUGGCGUCAGUGAAAUCUCUAUCUCAACAGUGACGAGCAGGAAUUUGGCCCUCGUCACGUUGAGUACUUGCUUGUGUACACAAUUCAGGAAAGCUGAAUGAAAAAAGUGACUCGAAAGAAGCUUGGAUAUAGCAGUGCGCCGGGCGGAAACAGAUUUCCGAUUAAUCUCUUCAAGUGUAACUCGUUGGAGUCGUAAUUUUAAACCAAACCUACGAUCUGGAUUCUCGA